CUGAUUUUCCUUGUUCAAUUUCAAAUUCAAUUUCAACAAUCACGGGCUGAGUUAUGCAGCAGUCUGCCACCUGGCACAGAGCCUACAGAUGAACAACUGAAUGAACUUUGGAUGGCGUUUGUUGGUGGCCCCACUAGGUUUGGCACAACUUAUGGAAUGGAGAAUAGAGCAUUUCGUAAAUUCCAGUCGCCUCUGCAAGGCAUAGGUUCUUCCAAUGAUGUCGGGUCGUUAGAUAGAGCGAGUGUUAUGGCUAUGGAGCAGAAGAUUGUUGAGCUAUCUAUCCAGUUACAAGCCUCAGAGGCUAGGGAGAGGCGGAGGGACGAGCAGCUACAGGCUGCAGAGGAUAGGGAGAGACGGAGGGACGAGCAAUUUGCGGGUAUGAAAGCUCAAUUAGACUUAUUACUUUCUUCGAGGGUGAUUCCCCCUUGUCUUGAUGACGCUCGUAGCUCCAAGAAUCGACCUCCCCAUUCUCAAUCUAGGUCACGACAUCGAGAGGUUAGUCAAGAACACAGACUUUUAGAUGAGCCAAGUAGUGGUGAUGAUGAUGGGGAGCACGUGUCAAACACAUAACGACAUGGUUGACUUUUAAGUAUCUUACUAACUUAUGAAUUUUUUUGGUGGAAUUGUAAAAAUGUGAAAGUGUUUGGUGGAUGUUUGUGAAUGUUGAAGCAGCUUGAUGUUGUAGACUAAGUUAAUGUAGAUUAGUAUAAUGUUUUGUGGAUGUUUGCAAAGGUUGAAGUAGUUUAAUGUUUUUUACUAAGUUAAUGUAGAUUAGUAGAAUGUU